AUGGACCCUUUAUCGAUAGCGACAGGUUGCGCCACUCUCAUUUCAACCAUAGGGUCGCUCUCACUGUCUAUCAACUCCUUUGUUCGAACUUGUCGCGAGUCUCGGAGUGAUCUGGACAGGGUGGCCCGUGAGCUGCUCUCUCUACAAACAGUCCUUGAACUUAUUCAGGAAGACGUGGCUGAUGAGAGCAAGGCCUUUCCUACGACUCUCGAACGCCAUGUCUCGGGUAUCAUCAUCAAUUGUAAUUCCGUGGUCGUAGAGCUACAAGAGUGUAUCACGAAAUAUGGCGCCGAUAGUCGACUCAAAACCAAGGCUGGCUGGGCCAUCAAUGGACAAGGAGAUGUCGCAAAAUUGCGUUCGAAUCUUGAGGCUCAUAAGGCGGCAUUGGAGUUAGCUCUGGAUAUGUUGUCGCUGCACAUUACCAAAGAGAUCAAAAACGACACAUCGGAGAUUCGGAAUGAGACAUCAGCGAUAAAGGAUGAUACGGCGCAAAUUCUGGAAGAAAUACUUCGCCUUCAGAAACGAUUACCGAAGCAAGGAGGAAACGACUAUAUCCUUCAAAACUUUCUUGAGGAGCUGACGACAUAUACCGAGAAAGCCUUGGACGGGACGUCUAUCGACGAAGGGGAUUCUAGCACAAAAGCGGCGUCUUUUGUCCUUGAGACGGAUGAAGGGGGCCAGAGGCCUUCUGAUCCCGCUUAUCUCUCUGAUUGGGAGUUGGAUUCUGCAGCAAGUGACCCAACGUCAUACAAAUUGAAGAAGAAGAGAUGGGAAGAGCAACGACAUGAGAAAAGCCUGGUUGAAGCAAAACUGAAAGAUGUCCAACGAUCGCUUGAGUCUCCACAGGAACAGCCCAUCGCUCUCCGUUCGUCAAGUCAAGAGACACCCUCCAAGGAAGACAAUAAGCUUGCAGUUUUAUCCGAUAACGUUUCAACCCAGAGUGAAACAAAACACUGGGAGAAAGACAAAGAAUGGCAAGCUCCCGUACAGCAGGCAUAUCAUCCUGAAGUCGAGCGUUCAACGACAUCGGCUCAGUCUACUUCAUCACAGAGCGAUACGAGGGGCGUCACUGGAAUGUACUAUCCAGACUACGCAAGAGUGUCUGGGGGGCAGAGAUCUCAGAACAGAUCAAUCGAAGCCAGUCAAGCCGCCCAGGGACGACAGCUCGAACCUGAUCCUACGAAACAUGACAGUGAUCAUAAGAACUCUCGCGGUCACAAAAAUGAAGAAGCAGGGAAAACCAACGAUAUCUCAAGAAAAGCAACAAAGUCAGACCGCCUUCCUCUCACCGCAUCUGCCGCGGUGUCAUCAACACCAGACUUCCACUACUUAGAGGUCGAAACCUUCCAUGGCAGAUUAUUGAUCAACUGGCCCAUGCCAACGGCAGUCACAGAUCUCUUGUCUGAAGACUACUACAUCGAGUCCUCCUGUAAUAGCUUCACGGCGUUGACAUGUUUAGCCCAGGAUUUUCGUUUUCAGAAGGAUACUCUACGGCCCAGGCGGUUCCUGAAGCCCAGAGACAUAAAACUUGUCUUCUACAUCCCCGUGACUACUAAAACUACUUCUUCUUGUUUUAAACGCCAGUGGGAAUUCAUCACUACUGCAGUCACCGGAUUGACACGGCGUCUAGAGCUGGGUGGUGAUGUUCCACCUCCAUGGCACAACGUCGUCAUCGUCGUGGAAGGACCCCCACGAUGGGACGGAAUUGAUCCUGAGAUUGAGAUUAUCCUCACAGAACUUGGUAUACUUUAUAAGACAGAAACCCUAGUAAGCAAAGUCGAUGGCGUUCCACUGGAUCCGCCUUAUCAUAAAGAUCAUUGCAAGGUCUCUGGCAAAAUGAUACAUGGGACAAUACACGAGUAUACAGUACAGCCAACAAUCCGCCCCCAACACGCCUGUACCAAGAAUAUCAUGGGUACCGAACCGCUCCAGGUGAUUGCAGUCGCUCCGCAGUUGUCUCUAACAGACUGGGCAUCUCAUAAACCAGCCCUUUCAGCCAACUGGGCAGCAGCUGUUUGCGAGGUCUUGAGGCCAGAGUUCAUAAUGUCUUUGCCAGAACGUCAGAUCAGAGCGAUACCGUCCCCUGGGGAGUUUCUCAAGGGCGUUUGGACCUGUGAAAUACGGUUCAGGACGUCAAAACACAGGCAAAUCAACCAAUGCGUCUUAACCUCUCCUGAUCAGUUCCAAGCGGAUCGUAAGAAGAUGAUCACACGGGCAGAAGGAGCUCGUGGGUUUGCCAGAAGGCUCUUUGGAAACUCUUGA